AUGCAGAAUGCCCAGUCGUGGCAGCCUGCAAACGGCAUAUCUUCUGGUGACUUGAAGCGCGCCAUGUUGGCUCUCUCAGGCAUUCCCGAUUCUAUCUUGAAAGCAGAGCUUCUUCGGCGAGAUGGAGCUCCAGAUGACACGCCGGCGUGUGGCUCCAAGGAGCGGGGUGCCUAUAACACUCCGUUACAUGUUAUGGCACUGUUCCUCAUCCUUAUCCUGAGUACAUUCGUGCUUGCGCGCCGAUUCCCCGGUCUCCCAAUCCCCCGUCGCUUCCUAUUUAUAUCGAGACACUUCGGAACGGGUGUCCUGAUUGCGACGGCAUUUGUACACCUUCUCCCUACAGCCUUCGUCUCCUUGACCGACCCAUGCCUUCCUAAAUUUUGGAGUCAGUCAUACCGCGCUAUGGCGGGCUUCGUUGCAAUGAUCGCCGUCUUUGCUGUUGUCCUCGUGGAAAUGUUCUUUGCAAUGAAAGGUGCAAAACAUGUGCAUGGGAGCGAAUACGAUAACCUCAUUGGUGAAGUUGGUCGCCACUCUCUAAGUGAAUUGGGCGAUGCAGACAGAGACUACUCGGGGUUAGAAUCUCGGAGAGCUUCGGAAAGCAUUAAUCUAGAUAAUAUGCACUACAACCCCAAAUCAGGGAUAGCGAGAGCUUCCGGCUCGUCGCAUGAACUUGACCGGCUCAAUGUGGCGGAGACAUCUGCAGGCAAAGAGGAUGAUCUCUCCGACAUUGAUGGUCUUGACGCCUACACAGAUGAUGACCUGCAGCCAAUCAAUAGACAGGCAGCUCAAUCUCAGCCUCGUCGCCAUCGGCCACAUACAAGUGAGAGUCACCGACAGCAAGCGGAGUCGGACCUUCCAAUGCAGAACCCGCAACGCCAACUUCUUCAGUGUCUCCUUCUGGAGGCUGGCAUUUUGUUCCACAGCAUCUUCAUUGGCAUGGCGCUCAGCGUUGCAACUGGCACGUCGUUUGUCGUGCUUUUAAUCGCCAUCAGUUUCCACCAGACCUUUGAGGGCUUUGCCCUCGGAUCUCGGAUUGCGUCGCUCAUCCCAGAUCUAUUCGCUCCGAAUUCCAUGAAACCAUGGCUGAUGUCACUUGCCUAUGGAACGACCACACCAGUCGGCCAAGCCAUUGGUUUGGUUUUGCAUAACCUCUACGAUCCCGCAAGCACGACUGGACUACUGAUGGUUGGUAUUACCAAUGCCAUCAGCAGCGGCCUUUUGCUCUUUGCGGGCUUGGUAGAACUCCUGGCGGAGGACUUCCUCAGUGAGUCAAGUUAUGAGACCCUCAAGGGUAGACGACGUGUCGAGGCCUGCGUAUCUGUUGCUUGUGGUGCUCUUCUCAUGGCCUUUGUCGGUGCCUUUGCUUAA